CAAAAUUGUCAUAUUUUUUUCUGCUGAGAUUUUGUUCCCCUAUCGGUGUUUAUUUUUUUUAUAGAUUUUGUUCCCCUAGUGUUUACAAAACAUAAACUUCAAUUCAGGAUUGCAUCACAGAAAAUAUUACUGGAAAAUUUCUCGCCUGAUCCUCAUAACUCCUCAUCCUCAUAACAAAAAAUCUGUUCUCGACAUGACGCAGCCUCCAACGCGGAAUUUAAUUAAAAAUAUUUUCAAACAUUUUAUAAACUCGUUCAAACCACGUCAGCUGAAAGGAAAUUAUAUGGGUGAGGAUUACUUCGGCAACAAGUACUACGAAAUACCGGCUAAUCCGGCAAUCGGGCAACGCCGGAACCAACGGUGGUUCGAACCUACCGAAAAAGAAGCGUACGGACAGGAAGUGACCGCCGAAUGGGAAGCAUGGCUCCGCGGAAGAAGGAAAGAACCACCCACACGGGAAGAGCUUAUGCGCAAUCUUGCGAUCAUGAAGAUGAAGGAACGCAACUAUGCCGCGCUGGAGAGUAAAAAUGUGAAGGCUAAAGACGCAGCGGAGUUGGAGAAGAAAACUACCGGAAUGGGUUCGUUCCCGCAAUAUGAGGAGUACGAGGUAAUGCCCGGAAAAGGGAAAGGAGAAAAAUAAGAUAGUAUGAGAAUAAUACGCAUCGGAGUAUUGAUUUUAAAAAUAAUGCUUUAUUCGUUCCCUCGAGCUUUGAGAGAACCGUAAUAGUUUAUGUACAUCUAUAUUAGUCAUAAUUAAAUUGUUAUUCUUCGAAAAUCAUAAUCUUUUUCAUCUUAACAAGUGAGUUUAGUCAUAGCUGUAGAUUGUGUAUAUGUGUGUUGUAUCCAUGCAUCUGGGACAAGUAGUAAAUAGUAAAAUAGA